UGUGUGUGUCCACUAUCUAUGAGAGAGAGAGUGGAAAAAGAGAGAGUGUCUAGACAAGUGUUUGGAUAAACACAGGCGUUAAUUUGUUGAUUGACAGAAAAUAUUGACUGGCCUCCACAACAGGCAGGGAUACAGAUUCACUGCAACCUGUCUGUGAGGAACAUCACAAUAUCACUGUGAAAGGGACUGAAGUCAACCACAGAGCCAAAAUGACAGCUGCCACGAGACUAUUGGACGAGAUGUGCCAUCUCACAGCCCAGUCGCUUACAUCACUGGAGACCUCGGACCACUUCCAGGUGGUCAAGAUGUUAGGGGAGGGGUCGUACGGGAAGGUCAUGUUGGCUGUACAUAGAAAAAGAGGAACUCCAAUGGCCCUGAAGUUCUUUCCUCGUGAUUCCACAAAUCUCUUUUCCUUUUUGCGAGAGUAUAACCUCUCCCUCUCCUUCUGCACCCACCCGUCCCUGACCAAGUCCCUGGGCAUUGCCUUCUCCACCCCCUCACAUUACGUUUUCGCCCAGCAAGCCAGCCUCUUCGGUGAUCUAUAUGACGUCAUUGUCCCUGAGGUGGGUAUGGAGGAGGACUGUGUCCAGAGGGUGGUUUCCCAGCUGUGUGGUGCCCUAACGCACCUCCACUCCCUGGGCUUCGUCCACCGUGACGUCAAGCCCGAGAACAUCUUCCUGGUCGACGCUGCCUGCCGCUGGGUCAAACUGGGCGACUUUGGCAUGGCCAAGGCCACAGGAACCAAGAUACCUGGUGUGUGGUACAGCUCUGCUUACUGUACGCCCGAGGCAGAGAUAGCGAAGGAGUUGGAGGAUAGUAGCCAUAAUACUGCUUCAAAACCUGAUGGAGGAAAUGGGUUGGACAACAAGAUCAAGAGGGUGUGGGUGUCGGUGGAGGCCAGUACAGACUGCUGGGCCUUGGGGAUCCUCAUCUACGCCAUGCUGACUGGCAGUCUACCCUGGAUGCAGACCGCAUCCAACGACCGCUCCUACAUCAAGUACAAAGAGUGGUUUGACCAGCAGAAAGAUCAAGAUGGUCAGGACGAUGAACGAGACAUAUGGGGGGAAGGAAAAGACGAGGACAUCAUGAUGAGUUUGGAUGAAGACAAGCGGAAUCUGAACGAGAGAAAAUCCCAUCCGGUCGCCCCCCAGUUUACCUGUUUCACCCCACUAGCCUGCUCCCUUUUCCAGGCACUACUCCACCCGCAGCCUGGGCUUCGCGGUAGGCCCAACGAUGUGCUGGGCUACCUCGGAGGAGACUGGUUGCAGGAAAAGGAGAAGAUACGGUUGGAGGAGGAGAGGAAGAAAAUUAGAGGGCGAGAGGUAAUCAGGAACGAGAAAGAGAGGGAGGGAAGGGGAGAGGGAUAAAGGAGUGGCGACACACGAUCAUGAACUCACAAACUCAGAGGUGAAAGAGACAAUAUUUUUGACCUCCCAGAAGACUAUACAUAUCCUCUAAUGUGUCACAUUGGUGCUUAAAAAGACAUUGUACAAUAUACAGUGCCUUCGGAAAGUAUUCAGAUCCCUUGACUUUUUACACAUUUUGUUACUUUACAA